ACAGCGACAACUCAGUUAUAUCAAAAGCGUGGGGGAGUGGCGGAAUUGGUUGAGCGGAACUGCGCAGGGUUUGAGAACUGAACUGAAGACGAUCUCGCGUACAGGCGACACCACUAGCUGCUUCCUGCUAAUCUGGGCUGCUCGCGAAGCUGCACACCAUUUCUAUGGCGUCCACGAACAAGAACAAGAACAAGAAAAGCGAAUUGGAGUUGGAGUAUGAAUCUGAAGAAGACGAGGAUAAUGAGGGUUGGAAUUAUAGUCUUUGAGGUUCUGCUUCCCUCAGGAGCCAUCCAUUGGAAAGGAUGACAAAUUUUCAUCUGAGACAUCACAGGACCAAGAUAUGAUCACAAGUUCUCAGCAUUAUUUUGGCAGCAUUGAGGAUGGAUUCUCCAUCAGUAUCAUUGAGAAUAUGAAAGAAGAAUAUGGACUAUUUGUAUGGCCAUCAAGUAUAAUUCUAGCAGAGUAUGUCUGGCAACAAAAAUCACGGUUUUCUAAGGCUAAUGUUGUUGAGCUGGGAGCUGGAACUUCGUUGCCUGGACUGGUUGCUGCUAAAGUGGGGGCAGAUGUAACACUGACUGACGAUGCAAAUAGAUUGGAGGUUCUGGAUAAUAUGAGAAGGGUGUGCAACAUAAAUGGCGUCAAGUGCAGGGUGCUGGGACUCACAUGGGGCGUAUGGGAUGCACCUGUCUUCAGUUUGUGCCCAAACAUCAUUCUUGGAGCUGAUGUUCUCUAUGACACACGUGCCUUCAAUGAUCUUUUUGCAACCGUAACGUUUUUACUCCAGAAAAGCCCAGAUUCUGUUUUCAUCACCACUUAUCACAACAGAAGUGGGCAUCACCUUAUUGAGUUCCUGAUGGAGAAAUGGGGCUUGAAGUGCACAAAGCUUCUCGAUGGGUUCUCAUUCAUGCCCCCUCACAAGGCAUCAAAUUUGAGCGGCAACAUUCAGUUGGCAGAGAUCGUUUUGGAAGUGAAAUAAUGCCGGAGGUUUAUCACGGAAACAGUGACACAACUACUGCCAUAACUGGUGUGCCGUGGUAAUCUGUGGAGGAGAAAGAAGAGUUUUUUGUAAUGGCAGCCAAAGAUCCAAGUUUGCUUUUAUUUGCCUCAAGUAUGGAGAUUAAUUGACAAGAAUGAUAACUGUUGAUAGAUGGUCAGGUGGUUCCUGAGAGUUGAAUGGAAUUUUGUUCAAAUUAUUAAUAUUUAUAAUUUAUAAUCAACAAACAAAUUAUCAUCAAGAUGGAUGCCCAGUUUCAAGAUCGUACAAUUUUGGGGAUUCAAAUUUUACUGCUUGAUUCAGGAAUGACAGAUUUCAAUGGUAUUGUUCAUCCAAGACCGUUGGAUUAUAAAGAGUUGGUGGUAAUACCAUCCUACCCUCUUAUAAUUGACAAUUUACAGUGCAGCAACUCCA